AUGCCGUCCAGAACACAGAUUGAUAUCGAGGCUUGUGAUACACAAACAGAUUCGAAAUUGCGGUUCGCAAAUCCGGGUCCAUUCGGCUAUGGCGCCUUCUCAACGACAUUGAUGACCCUAUCUCUGUCCAUGAUGGGCAUUCGGAAUGUUGAGAAUCAGACCGUCUUCAUAGCGAAUCUCUGUUUCCUUGCUGGGAUAGGCUUGCUCAUCUCUGCGCAGUGGGAAAUGGUCAGGGGCAACACGUUUGCUUACACGACCUUGAUUGCAUUUGCCUUUUACUACGGUGGCUACGGGUUUCUUCUCAUCCCCUCUGUAGGCAUCGUGGAUGGUUAUGGAGGCAAGACGGCGGAAUACUUCAAUGCUUUAGGCAAUAUCGCAAAUGUUAUCGUGUACGGCGCACUCGAGCUCUCCUACAUUUUCAACUGCGCCGCAAACUUCGCCUUUGCAGAUGACCACACAGCAUCCGGCAAGAGCUUGACGAAAGUCGCCGGAUCUUUCGGAUUCAUUGCCGCGCUGGCGGGAUUCUAUGCCAUGGCAAACGGCUUCUGCGGCGAUGUGCUGCCGUUUGAGAUACCGUUAGGCGAUCUCUCGCGGUUCUUUGCGAGAAGAAAACUGCGUGGCACCAGAAGAAAAGCCACGUGA